CACACUGUCUGUAUGAAACGGGCAGCUUCCUGCUUGCCGUAGUUGUAGCCGGCUACGUUGGCAACAUGGCGACUUCAGAUGUCCACGUCCGAUUGUGUGAGCAAGAAAUACUCAAAUAUGACUUGGAAAUCAAGGCUCUCAUCCAGGACAUCACGGAGUGCAACGGCCCUCAGAGCAAGCUGACAGAAAUAAACACAGAUGUGAAAAAGCACUUUCACAACCUCAGAUUAAGGAUUCAGGACUUUGAGCGGAUGGCGAUGGAACAAGACAGAGAGUCGGACAAGCAGGCUUUGCUCAGUCAAGUAGAGGGACACAGAAAGCAGAUGCUGAGCAACCAGACGGCCUGGAGGAAAGCCAACCUCGCCAGCAAACUGUCCAUGGACAAAAUGGAGAAGCAGACACUGCUUAAUGGAGCCGAUGGCGACGUGAGGAAGAGGAAGAUGACCAAAGAGGGCCUCGCCCAAAGUGCCAGCGACAUUACAGAGAAUCUCAUGAGCAUCAGCCGGAUGAUGGCCCAGCAGGUUCAGCAGAGCGAAGACUCCAUAACAACACUAGCAACCUCGUCGAGAACGAUUCAAGAGACGAACGAGGAGUUCAAAGCCAUGACUGGGACCAUCCAGCUGGGCAGGAAGCUCAUCACCAAGUACAACCGCAGGGAGCUCACUGACAAGCUGCUCAUCUUCUUGGCGCUGGCUCUGUUCUUUGCAACGGUUCUCUACAUCCUCAAAAAGAGGCUGUUCCCUUUCUUAUAGACCAGAGGCUUCGGAGGAUCCCCCCCCAAAUUCAGACGAAUCUCCCUGCCAUAGCUGGCCAACGUUCGCUGUGAAUUCCAAGCUGCUCUGGAAAAAUUCUGUUCACAAAUAGGAGGAUAAUCCUGCAUGUCUGCAGUUCUUCUUGGUGUUUAAUUUAUUGAGCUUUACGUUUGUCACACUAAAGAAAACAGUGCUUUAAAUGUAAAUCUGUGGUUUGAUGGCCAGUUAGAUUACAAUGUGUUUAUGCAUCAUUAUUGUUUUUGAUCUUAAAUUAUCUUAGAGGUGGAAAGACCGUGCAAAUCACAAGCAAAAUGCAUGUUUUUUUUUUCUCUCUCCAUCAGAUAAGUAGUCUGAUAAAAGUUCUGAAGCUGCAAUAGUUUGUAAUAUAAUCGAUUCGUUUUAACUGGUAACCUGAAGUUAUAUGCAUGUUCAUUUCGGAAGCAAAUCCAGAGCUUAAUAUUUCUGUGCAGCUGAAUUUGCCAGUUUUUAUUAUUCAGCAUAAGCAACUUACAAAAACACUUCAACCUUUUUGUAUCAACGCUGUUCGUCACCAAGUUCUGUACAAUUGCUAUUGUGUAUAAUUUGUAACUGCUAAAAACUGUGCUGGUUUUCUGAAUUGCCAUGUCGAAUGUUGUCACCUUCGUAUAAUAAUGGCGUAAGUCUUUUUUUUUUUUCCCCAAAAGUGAUUUUUGGAAAAACAAAAACGUCUGGCAACAUCGAUUUAGGCAAGGAAAAAAAUAAAUACGUUUUGACGAAAAAAAGACACGGACCAUUAUUUUACGAAGAUGUCAAAAUGUUUUUAUGUUUUUCUUUUUUUUUUGAGGGAUCACACUUGUUUCAGGUUUCAUUCCGGCUUCAAACCCAGCAGGGUUUCAUGUGCUGCACUGAAGCAGCAGCAGCGCCGUUCACACCGGCAGAGAUGGAGCCACAUUCAUCCGCUGCCUUUCUUCAGAUAAGACCCGGAAAAGCAGAUUAUUCCGACAGUCCCCCCCCAACUGCCCUCUUAUUCCAGUGUGGGUGGCGGAUGAGUGAGGGUUGAUAUUUUUAGGUUUGUGCGCUGCCGUUAUCUGACGUCGCCUUUUCAACACCACAGAGGAGAGGAUGGUCAGAGAAGCUACAUGACCUUGCUAGCCUCUGUGCAACUGCUUUCCAUUGCCUGUUGGUUUGUCAUACGAAUAAUUUUUAUUUGUUAUUUUUUUAAUUUUUUUUAUUUUUUGCCGGAUUUUAAUAAACAUUAACCGCUUCUGUAUUUUACGCUUGAA